AACAAGGAGAAAGUAAGCAGAAAGAAAUUGCAGAGGAGCCAGUAAAGGAGGGCACUUUGCCAAGAGAGAGGCAGAAGGAGGAGGACUCACAACAGAACCAAGAUUUGAAGGGUGAAGGACAGCAGUUGACCUUGAAGCCUGAGGAAAUCGUGAGGCUUAGAGAAGAGCUGAAUCAUAUAAAUCAGAGCUCCCUGCAGUCUCAGAGCUCAGGGGAGAGUUCAGACAGUAGUGCCCAGUAUCCAUCAUCUGGAGAAAAACUGAAAUACCAGCGGCAAGAGGAUGUACAACAGCUUCGUCAGAAUUUUCACCGGCUCCAGAUUCUGUGCAACUCAGCUGAAAAAGAGCUCCGGUAUGAUCGAGGAAAGAACUUGGACUUGAAACAGCAUAAUAGUUUACUUCAGGAAGAAAGCAUUAAGAUCAAAACUGAACUAAAGCAGGCCCAGCAGAAGUUAUUAGAUAGCACAAAGAUGUGCUCUUCACUCACAGCAGAAUGGAAGCACUGUCAGCAGAAAAUCAGGGAACUGGAGCUGGAGGGACUCAAACAGGCUCAGAGCAUUAAAUCACAGAACAACCUGCAGGAAAAGCUGGCUCAGGAGAAAUCAAAAGUUGCUGAUGCAGAGGCAAAGAUACCUAGGAGUGGAGCUGCUGGGUCCUAUGGCUCUACGUUUAACCAUUUGAGGAACUGCCAGGCUUUUUCCAAAGAGGCUGCACCAUUUGACCAGCAGUGUUUGAGAGUUCCAAUUUCUCUACAUCUUUGCCAGAGCUAUGACGAGAAACAUCACCAUCACAAAGUCAAGCUUCGCAGAGUUAAGGACCGUUUAAUUCAUGAAGUAGAACUACGAGAUGAGAGAAUUGAACAACUGGAAAAUGAAAUCAGAGGUCUGCGUCAGCAAAGGGAAAUAGAGAAGGCAUUCCAGGAAGAGGUCACUGCUCAAAAUGAUAUACUGCUCCUAGAGAAAAGGAAACUUCUGGAACAACUCACAGAGCAAGAAGGCUUAAUCCACAGCAACAAAUGUGUAGUAUCUUCAGUCCAGAACAGAGUUCUUCUUCUGGAUAAAGAAAAGAGGCAAUUGUAGGACACCACUUGCCAUCUUACAUAGCAGGUUGGCCUCUUAGAGCAUAUCAUAAGGAGCAUCCGGAUUCACAGAGAGGAGACAAUUUGUGACAUCGCUGAAUUGGAAUCAUUGAAUAAAAUCUUGCCCUUACCAAACCUCAGUUUUUCAGGAACAGGUUUGGUAGAGUCGGUUGGAAGUCUUCAAGAGAUUAAAGAACAUAUAUCAGAAGCAGCAAUGGCAAACCCCAAGUCUCCCGAGUCUCUUUCGUGUUCAUAGAAUUCUGAAGCUGGAUACAUGAACGUGGCUUUUCUGAAAGAGACACACUGUAUCCAAGAACAAGACCAAAAGUCAGAACUAUAAAAUCACUGAUGGCUAAGACUAGAUGGAUCAAAGCUGCUAACUUAAAGCUUGGGCGUGAGGGUAGAACAUGACAUGGAGAAGAGUUACCUACCACGGAUCCUCACUGGACGUCAACCAGGAGUCCUCAGAAUUGCUGAUAAAUUCAUUAAACCAGUUUUAAAAAUGGAUUUCUCAAGUUUGUUUGAUAUCCUCAAAUAUCCUUGUAUUGAUCAGUAAUAGUGACUUAAGUUCAAUGGUUUAAUUAGGGGUCUUUUCAGCAGAGCACAUAUAUAUCUAAUUCAGCACUUUCCCCCUAUUAUCAUGGGUAUUAUUUAUUUUUUAAAAGUAAAAACAAUGUAAUUGUA